AUUUGGAUGCAAUAAGUAACAAUAUCCCAAGAUGUUCCAGUGAUUUCUGAUAACAAGUAUGGACAGAAGUCUACCUGACUAGUAGCUGUUAAAAUGACAGCAGUGUAGGUGCCAGCCAACAUGCAUUCGUUCUUCUGGAAACACAUUUUCAUGUUCCUGUACUUGAACGCAUUACUGAAGAUCCUACACUGUGUGCUCUGCGAAACCGAUUUAGAUUACCCCCUGGAAGGCUACACUGUCCGAGUAGUGUUAAACGUCACCUACAUAGACCCGCAGACGGGUCACCUGGUGUCGUACAAGAGCGACAGAGACGGUUAUUAUGGUGAGAACAAGGUUAGCGCUGUGAGCGGAAUCGGCGUGCAUGCGCUGACGGUCAGCAACAGAACGGACGCGUGUGAUCCGCUGCAGCCAAGCAUUGCGAGGAGCGAGCCCUGGAUCGCACUCAUACAGCGUGGCAUCUGCAACUUCAGCGAGAAGAUCCGCAAUGCUGCUGUGCGGAGCAACGCCAGCGCUGUGCUCGUGUACAACGACGACGGCGGCAGGGACGCGAUGAAGACAAUGACACACAACUACAAACAAGUUGUCGCUGCACUGAUAUCACAGGAGCUAGGGAGAGACAUCGCAAAUCUGAUUGACAAUGGGACUCGGGUGAUGUUGUACCUGUAUCCUGGCAAGCGUGCACCCAUGCACUCGGCAAUCAACAAGACCUCAGUGCUGUUUGUCUCUAUCUCUUUCAUUGUGCUUAUGAUCAUUUCACUCGCCUGGCUUGUUUUCUACUACAUACAAAGGUUUAGAUAUGCCCACGCAAAGGAUCGGCUAGCGAGGCGGUUGUUAAAUGCGGCGAAGAAGGCUCUGACGAGGAUUCCAGUAAGGACCCUUAAAGCUGGGGACCAGGAAAUACAGAUGGAGUUUGACAGUUGCGCCGUGUGCAUCGAAAACUUCAGAGCGGGGGAUGUCAUCAGAAUACUACCAUGCAAGCACAUAUUCCACAAGUCGUGUAUCGACCCGUGGUUACUGGACCAGCGGACCUGUCCGAUGUGCAAGUUAGAUAUAGUGAAAGCAUACGGAUGUACUGAACAGCUACAGGAGCUUCAGACUGCAGACGAGGACCACGAGAGGGAAUCACUCUCCUCCUCUCAGUCGCAGAGACAGACAGAGGGAACAAGCAGGGAGGUGCUCCUAUUUUUAGCACCAAUCACACUGGACGGCGCUGAUCGGGAAUCUCAAUUAGCCUAGCAUAGUCCUGUGCCACACUGGGAGGUAAUAUCAGUGCAUCAUGAAUCAUGAUGAAUAAUAUUUAUGUAAUAGUGUCUAGAAAUCACUGGCUGCUUUGUUAGCUUAUAUGACCAGUGUAGAGAUCCUGAUAUUAACCAGAACAUUAAUUCUUAUGUGGCUUCUAUCAGUAAACUCUGUGUUUAAGUAAAUAAUUCAGUGUACUUAUUGACACACAAAUUACUUAGCCAAGUGUUAUGAUAGUGUGUUUUGUUCUGUUAGCACUCCCACGCAAAAUAAUAUCGCUAACUCUUUCAUUCUGCUCAUAUGAAUCACUGACUUCCGUUCAUCACACUAAUUUGCCGAUAGACUAAUUCAUCUUCGUUGUGAUUGCUGUAGGUUACCAGAGUCAAAUGGUUCAGAAACAGUUCAUGCUAAUCUAAUAAAUUUAAAGGAAUGAUUUAGCCAACAAUUAUGCUGCACCCUUUUUUAAAAACUAUGAACUGCUAUUCAAUGAAUGUGUUCCUGUUAGAGCAACAUGCUAAUCGAAUCUCUCACUAACAAGUGUCAAUGGAGAGAUGUCAAUAAAAGUGUUUAACAGUAUGGUCACUUGCAACUCAAAGUACAGUCGACUUCGCCUAAGUUGAAACCAACAUCCAAUGGAGGAAAAGCUUCGACUUACGCGGGCGCGGAAGUCGAAUUUUUUCUACAUAAAGUAACUGCAUGUUUCUAUUGUAUCUUUGUGGUCGCAUAUACAUGUAUUGUGUUGAUAUUGACACUUUCAAAGUUUCAAUUACAAUUCACGCUAGUGUUGCCUUUAUCGCAAUGCGUGUUAUGUCAGAAUUACACAGCAGGCCGUGACACCCGUGUUUGUGACUGUGCACAUCGUGGCUGCGCAUGUGCCUGCUGGCUGGGCGGCAUUCAUUGAAGUAUGGGGGGGGGGGUUCACGGAUUGUUUCAGUCGCAUGGCGGCGUGGGGCAUGUUCAUUACUGUACAUGUUCAUAAAAACAAAGAGCCUCUGACUUCGACUUGUGCGAUGGAAUUAACGCAGGUUUGAAACAAUUGGGACUAGAAUUCUUCUUCGAGAUAGCCGAAAUUCGACUUGUGAAUUUCGACUUAGACAAAGAUUUAUUAAAGAAAAAACAGGGAAAGAUCGGGACUUGUGGAGCUUUGACUUGGCGGAUUAUUCGACUGGUGCGACGUCGAUUUAGGCGAGGUCGACUGUAGUAUGAAACAAACAUGCACUGGUGAUUUUUUCUAAACUCCUUUGACGUUUGAAGUGUUCUGGUACAAGUAAUAUCACUGUUGAUGGCUUCAAUUAUUCAAGCUUCUUGAUAAGCUUCAAUGUUCGUGUCUCGAGUAUAAAUGAGCUAGCUGCAUGGGUGUGACUUUUCUUUUGGUACCUAAUGCUUUAUCUUGGUAAUUUAAGGAAAAUGAAGCGACGGACGAUUGUUUAAAGGGAAGCAGUGCUGUCUCAUGUUGGCAAAUUCGUAAAAGAAGCUACUGGCUGAGAACUUAAUGCAGAUGUUUUUUAUUCACCUCAUACUUUAGAUCAUUGGUCCUUUGCUGCCUUUGGUGUUGUUGCUGCUGCUGCUGGUCACCAGUUUCAUAACAUAUCGCAUACUGAAUAUUACUACUGCUACCGUAAAUAUUUGCCAUUCUGUUGUGUGUCAAUACAAUUUAUCUGAAGUGAAAA